GCCCUCCCCGCCCGCGUGGGACAAGACCGCCCCAGCGCGGGCAUCGCCGACACGCCGGUUGGACUCGUCGUUCAGAAGCUCGAACGAUCUCUCAAGCAGCUGGGCUACACGCUAACUUCGCUCGACCUCCUGUGCACAGAGCAUGGGGGCGCCAUCUCGAGGACCAGGAAGGUGCUGAUCGCCUGCCGUGGCCGUCUCGCGCGCUGCCUGGCGAGCAUUCAGUUGCCGCCGGCACGCCGCGUGGCCCACGGA